UUCUUACAACAUCCGUAUUCAUUUUGCAAAUACAUCUGUCUGUGUGUGUCUCCUUUUGGUGUUUUGCAAAAAAUGGGAUUGUCGAUGGAGGGGGAGAGCAGCUGCACCCACAAAGUGUUCCUAAUCACCAACUACAUCCUCCUGGGCGCGGCGUCGAGCUGCAUCUUCCUGACCCUCUCCCUCCGGCUGAUCCCCUCCCUGGUGGGCGCCCUCCUCAUCCUCCUCCACAUCGUCACGAUCGGCGGAGCCAUUUCCGGGUGCGCCGCCGCCACCCGGCGCGUGGGCGGAGGCAAGUUCUACGGCGCCCACAUGGUGGCCACCGUCCUGACCGCCAUCUUCCAGGGCUCCAUCGCCGUCCUCAUCUUCACCCGCCCCGAGGACUUCCUCGCCCGCCUUGACUCCUACGUCCUCCAGGACGACGGCGUCCUCAUCCUCAAGCUCGCCGGGGGGCUCUGCGCCCUCGUCUUCUGCCUCGAGUGGGCCGUCCUCACCCUCGCCUUCUUCCUCAACUACUACGCCCACCUUGAAAAGGAUGGAAAUGGAAUGAAGAGCGGGAACGAGGAGGAGUUGAAGACCUUGCCCUGGCCUAUUCAUCAGGUCUAAAACAUUUUGCUUUGUCUGGGAGAUUUGCUUUGUUGAAUUCAUUUUGAAUUAUAUCAAGAAGGUGAUGGAAUGCUCUAUUCCGCCAUGUAUUCUUUUUAUUUGAAUUUUGGAAAAAUGAGAUUUGGCUACUACCAAAAAGUAAAUUUAUAAAUCUAACAAAAAUAAAUUUGAUUCUA